AUGGAGGAGCAGCGGGCGCUCGCGGCCGCCAAGGACGGGGACCUGGCCACCUUGGAGCGGCUGCUGGAGGCCGGUGCCCUGGGCCCGGGCAUCGUCGACGCCCUGGGGGCUGGCCUGGUGCACCAGGCCACCCGGGCCGGCCACCUGGCCUGUGUCAAGUUCCUGGUGCAGCGGGCCAAGCUGCCCGGCAACCAGCGGGCCCACAACGGGGCCACCCCGGCACAUGACGCGGCCGCCACCGGCAGCCUGGCCGAGCUGUGCUGGCUGGUGCGGGAAGGGGGCUGCGGUCUGCAGGACCAGGACGCCUCAGGCGUCUCGCCGCUGCACCUGGCCGCCCGCUUCGCGCACCCGGUGCUGGUGGAGUGGCUGCUGCGGGAAGGCCACGCGGCCACGCUGGAGACGCUGGAGGGGGCCCUGCCGCUGCACCACGCCGCCGUCAGCGGGGACCUGACCUGCCUGAAGCUCCUGGCCGCCGCCCAUGGCAGCAGCGUGAACCGGCGGACGCGCAGCGGCGCCUCCCCGCUCUACCUGGCCUGCCAGGAGGGCCACCUGCACCUGGCCCAGUUCCUGGUGAAGGACUGCGGGGCGGACGUGCACCUGCGCGCCCUGGACGGCAUGAGCGCGCUGCACGCCGCCGCCGCUCGCGGCCACUACUCCCUCGUCGUCUGGCUGGUCACCUUCACGGACAUCGGCCUGACGGCCCGGGACAACGAGGGGGCCACGGCCCUCCACUUCGCAGCGCGAGGCGGCCACACGCCCAUCCUGGACCGGCUGCUGCUGAUGGGGGCGCCCAUCAUGAGGGACUCGUGGGGCGGGACGCCCUUGCACGACGCGGCGGAGAACGGACAGAUGGAGUGCUGCCAGACCCUUGUCUCCCACCGCGUGGACCCCACCCUGAGGGACGAGGACGGCUACACGGCAGCGGACCUGGCCGAGUACCACGGACACCCGGACUGCGCCCAGUACCUGCGGGAGGCGGCCCGGCCCGCGCUGCUCCUGAUGACGCCCCCGCCGCCCCCGUUCCCCCCUCCGCCGCUGUCGGCCGCGAGGCGCUCCCCGGAGGACGGAAGACGGGGCUCAGGUCUCGGGAGCCCCUCGCCCGCAGCACCUCUCGGCCCUGCCUGGUCCGACCAGCCUCUCCAGAGGGUACCGACCCCCGACGCAGCUCCCCGGGGGGCCACCGCCAGCGCGCCGGCCGGGGCGGAGUCAGCAGCGGCGAAUGCCCCCGACGGCCUGGCCGCGCUGCAGCUGGACGGAAUGCCCUCCGGCGACCUCGACGGGCUGGUGCCCACGCGGGAUGAGCGCGGCCGGCCCAUCCCCGAAUGGAAGCGGCAGGUGAUGGUGCGGAAGCUGCAGGCGCGCUUGGGCGCAGACCCCGCGCAGGAAACUCAGGACGACAGCGGGAGCGCGGGCCCUGUGGAGCCGGCCGCCUGGCGGUACUCGCAGACCCACCAGGCCAUCCUGGGCCCCUUCGGGGAGCUGCUGACGGAGGACGACCUGCUGUACCUGGAGAAGCAGAUCGCCGACCUGCAGCUGCGCAGGCGCUGCCAGGAGUACGAGAGCCAGCUGGGCCGGCUGGCAGCCGAGCUGCAGGCCCUGCUGCCUGAGCCCCUGGUCAGCAUCACCGUGAACAGCCACUUCCUGCCCCGGGCGCCCGGGCUGGAGGGUGAGGAGGCCCCCGGCCCCCUGCCUGAGCCCGAGGGCUCUGACGGGGCCGUGGAGGCCACCCCCGGUGGGCAGCCCCUGCCGUUCUGGUGCAGCCACGUGGCCCGGCUGGUGCGGAGCAUGUCGCUGCUGCUGAGGGGCAUGAACGGGCUGGUGCAGGGCGAGGAGAGGCCGGCCGCCCAGCCCCCACAGGAGGCCGGCAGGGAGGCCCCGGCCAGCGCCCCGCAGAGCGAGGCCCAGCGCGAGAUCCAGGAGUGCGGGGUGUCCGUGCGGACGCUGCGUGGCAACUUCGAGUCGGCUCCCGGCCUGCCCUGCGCCCCAAACCUGGGGCCCUGUGAGGCGGGGGCCCAGCCCGGGCAGUGCCCGCGAGGCUGCUGGCCGGCCCCGCUGCAGCCCCGGAGCGGCCUGAUCGGAGGGGAGCCCAGGCCGGGCGACACGGAGGAGGCCAGCGACUCCGGCAUCAGCUGCGAGGAGGCCCUGUCGGAGGCCGGCGCCGGGCACAGCCCCGACCUGGCCAACCUGCGGAAGGAGCGGAUCGUCAUGCUCUUCCUCAGCCACUGGAAGAAGUCCGCCUACACGCCCGCCCUCAAGACGGCCGCCUGCAGGACCCUGGAGGCCCGCCGCGCUGGGCCGCGGGUGCCGGAGGCGGCCAGGGUUCCCGGGCCACCCCCGCCACUGCCCAGCGAGGGCCCCCGGCUCGGCCACCUGUGGCAGCAGCGGAGCAUCAUCGCGCACCUGCUGGGCACCUGGAAGGCCGUCAUGGCGCACGUGCCGGCCCGGCAGCUGCGGCGGCUGAGCCGGCGGCCCCGCGGCCUUCUGUCCCCGGAGCAGUUCCUGCCCCACGUGGACGGCGCGCCCGUGCCCUACACCAGCCUCACGCUGGACCUCUUCAUGCUGGGCUACUUCCAGCUCCUGGAGUGCGACCUGCCCGCGGAGGAGCGGAAGAUGCGCCACCUGCUCUGCUUUGAGGUCUUCGAGCACCUGGGCGCCCACGGCUGGGAGGCUGUGCGGGCUUUCCACAAGGCCGCCACCGAUGAGGUGGCCUCGGGCCGCCGUGCCUGGACCGACAGCUUCGAGGACAUCAAAGCCCGUUUCUUCGGCGCCAACCGCGGGCCCCCCUGGGACCCGGAGCUGGGCCGCAAGUCAGGCCUGACCGCGCUCGGGCCCCUGCCCAACACCGCUGCCCCCGGCGGCGGUCCCGAGCCUGAAGCGCGGCGGCUGGGGCCUGGCUCCCCGCAGGGCAGCUUCAACAGCGAGGACAUCUGCGGCUACAUCGACCGCAGCUUCGCCUUCUGGAAGGAGAAAGAAGCGGAGAUGUUCAGCUUUGGAGACUGA